AUGAACGCCAAGCUUGCGCUGCUGCUCCUGGCUGCCCUGGUGGCUGUCGUCUCUGCGAGCCACGGAUACAAUGGAUAUGGUGGCUACUACGGCAGAAACACCGGAUACAGCGGCCACGGCCACGGACACGCCGUAAGCUAUGGGCACGAUGGCCAGCGUUACCGCCGUUCUCUGGGCUACAGCAACUACGGCCAUGGCCACGGCUCCAGCGGCUACGGAUCGGCUCCCUACAGCUCUGGAUACGCCGGCCACGGCCACGGUAGCUACGGCCAGCGCUACCGCCGUUCUCUGGGCUACAGCAGCUACGGCCAUGGCCACGGCUCCAGCGGCUACGGACCGGCUCCCUACAGUUCCGGACACGCCGGCCACGGCCACGGUAGCUACGGCCAGCGCUAUCGCCGUUCUCUGGAUUACCCUGGCAACGCCGCCAGUGGUUACGCAUAUGCUCCCCGUAGCUACGGAUACGCUGGUCACGGACAUGCCAGCGGCGGAUACGGAUAUCCGUCGUCCCAGCAUUAA